GCAAUUGGGUUCAGACAGGGAGUAACAGUUGCAUAGUAUAUCGUCAAACUCAAACCCUUGGGACAAUAGUAGGGGCUUUCCAGUUUCAGAGAAGCCAUGGACGAUUUGGGAAUUGAGAAGAUUCAAAUCUCCGGCCCAACCCUCGCCUCCCUCCUCAAUCGCUUAUCCGCCUCUCCCGGUGACCUUCACGGCCUUCUUUACGGCCACGUGUCUUUCUCCACCACCACCUCCCUCUCCGACGACACCUCCUCCGCUUCCACUUCCGCCGCCGCCGACGGCGCCAAUGCCCCGAUCCUCACUGCAAUCGUCACCUCCUUCACCUCCGUGCCUUCUCACCUCGCCCUGCCCCAUCAAUCGCACCCUCAGGAUUCGUCCUCAACCCUCAUCGGCUGGUUCUCCGGCCGCCGGAGGACUCCUCUCCGCCCCUCGCUUCACGACUCCACCGCCACUUUGUCUCUCAACUCCUCCACCUCUCUGUCUUUCACUCCGCAAAACUCGCCUCAUUCCGUUUCGCUACCCCCGUCUCUCUUCCUUCUACUAACGACGCCGUUUCAGGACCAGCUCAUUCACACUCAUGAGUACAAGGCUUUCCAAUACCGGAUUUCUACGUCUUCUUUCGAGCCCAAGAGCCUCGAUAUCAUCAACAUUGGUCCGUAUUUCCGAUCUCAUUACGAGUCUUUCACCCCAAACUCUCCAUUCCCUCCUUUGACCUGUGAUUUGAGGUCCUCCAAUGCAAUGGUUGAGGACGAGAAUACUGAGAACUCGGCUGGUAUUCAACGAAGCCUGAAAGAUCAGAAGGAAUUGGAUGUGUGUGCCCAGGGAUUUGAAGUUGCCAGAUUCAGCAAGUUAAUGGGAUCGAAUGCCGCCAAUUACACUGCUGAAGUAGAAGAAUUGUAUGAUAAAAUGCUUGCCAAGCUUGAUAGCUUGGCCAGACUGGUGGAGAAGAGUUCUGCCAAAGUUCUUGAGCAGGAAAGUCAUAAUAUGAAACUGAGGUGCAAGGUUGCUGGCUUGGAAUGAAUUUCUUUUGUUGCUUUUGUCAUCCAAUCCUUGGAUUUUUAAAGAUCACUUGUUGGCGGAGAAUGAUUCGUGAUCUGUCAGCAUCGAUGCCUAAGAACACACUACUACUACUACUCUCAACCUCAUUUUGUUGUUCUCUAUAGGUAGGGCAUUUUUGAUUGAUGUGCAAUGAAUCUCAAUCUCCUCCUCAAUGUACACUUACCUGGUCUGGUGUUGUUUCACUAUAAUGUUUUUGGUAGAUGUAGAUUUGCCCAUUUUGUUCAUAUCCCCUACCCCUAGUAGCUAAUAUGUAUAAUUUCUGCUCCAAUCUCCAUGCUGAGGAGGGUUUUGUUUCAGAUCAAAAGUGAAAAAUGGUUGAAUUCAAUGGAUUUUGGUGCUGCCUUGCCUUCCCUCU